CCUCUUGCCAAACGGGGCAAGCUAUAUAUCAUGUCGUGGCUGUUUGUCCCCCCUUGUCCUCCCGCUGCCGCCUCCCCCAGUAGCCGCCCCUCCCUGCGCGCUGCUCGGCGGAGAUGCGCGGGCUCUGCGCCCGUGCGGCAGCGAUAUGGACCGAGCGGCCGAGCCGGAGGCGGCCACGCUGGUGGAGGCGGCGGUGACUGAGGGGGGCGGUGGUGGCAGCAGCCGCGCAAGCAAGAGCAACUGGUCUGGGAGUCUUAUUGUAGCCUCUCUAACUGGUGCUUUUGGGUCGUCUUUUCUCUACGGCUACAACCUCUCGGUGGUGAACGCUCCCGCAGUGUAUAUCAAGAAGUUUUACAAUGAAACUUGGGAAAGAAGAUAUGGCUUCUCAGUGGAUCAAAGCACACUGACUCUCCUCUGGUCCAUAACUGUUUCUAUUUUUGCCAUUGGUGGCCUCGUGGGUGCCAUCAUUGUCACCCCAAUUGUGAAGUUCUUUGGACGGAAAUGUACAUUGCUGCUCAACAAUGUGUUUGCAGUGGCAGCUGCUUUGUUGAUGUCCCUCUCCUUGCUGGUGGGGUCCUUUGAGAUGCUCAUUCUGGGCCGUGUUGUCAUGGGUGUUGAUGCAGGCAUUUCUCUGAGUGCCCUUCCCAUGUAUUUGAGUGAAAUCUCUCCUAAGGAAAUCCGGGGUUCCUUGGGCCAAGUCACAGCAAUUUUCAUCUGCAUUGGUGUUUUCACUGGGCAGGUUUUGGGGCUGCCACAAAUAUUUGGGCAAGAAUCUCGGUGGCCUUACUUAUUUGGAGCCAUCAUUGUCCCUUCACUGGUACAAGUGGUGAUCCUGCCCUUCCUGCCUGAAAGCCCUCGCUACCUCCUACUUGAAAAACACAACACAAGCAAGGCAGAAAAAGCAUUCCAGACCUUCCUUGGGAAAGCUGAUGUGUCCCAGGAAAUAGAAGAAGUCCUGGCAGAGUCUCGGGUCCAAAGAAACACCAAGUUGGUGUCAAUACUUCAGCUCCUGAGAACCCGCUCCGCGCGUUGGCAGAUUGCUACCGUGGUCAUCACCAUGGGCUGCUACCAGCUCUGUGGCCUAAAUGCUAUCUGGUACUACACAAACAACAUCUUCAGUGGAGCUGGGAUCAAUCAUGAGACAAUUCCCUAUGUUACUCUGAGCACUGGUGCUGUUGAGACUUUGGCUGCUGUUUUUUCUGGCUUAGUUAUUGAGCGGCUGGGACGCAGACCUCUCCUCAUUGGAGGCUUUGGGUUGAUGACUGUCUUCUUCGCAGUCCUUACCAUCUCUCUGACUUUACAGAAAUCCGUGGACUGGCUGCCUUAUCUCAGUAUAUUUUGCAUCCUUGCAAUUAUUGCAUCAUUCUGCAUUGGACCAGGUGGGAUUCCAUUUGUCCUCACUGGAGAGUUUUUCCAGCAGUCUCAGAGGCCAUCAGCAUUCAUGAUAGCUGGGACAGUCAACUGGCUCUCCAACUUCACCGUGGGACUGCUCUUCCCUUUCAUUCAGAGUGGUUUACAGACCUACUGCUUCCUAGUGUUUGCUGCCAUCUGCUUCACAGGAGCUACCUACCUGUUUUUUGUCCUGCCUGAAACAAAAAAUAAGACAUUUCAUGAGAUCAGCCAGGAGUUUGCCAAAAGGAAUAAAGUAUCUUUAGAAAUGCAAGAAAUGAACCACUACCCAGGGGAGAGGAAGUCGAGUGCAGAACAAGAAUCAAACUUCACCUCUUCGGUGGACAACGGGGGAACCAAGAAAGGGAUUGUGUAAAACCCAGGAUGCCCUUCUGGGGGAAAACACUCUCUUUUCAUUUGGUAUGUUGAAAGCAGUGAACAACUUGUAUUUUUUUUUUUUUUAUGUGACAGCAUGAACUGAUUUGCCUUUGAGUAUGUUUGUGAGUACGAGUGAAUUUGUGAGCAGGUAGGGUGAUGGGUGAGGAAAUGAGAGGUGGGAGUAGCAGCAGCUGAUGAAAUAAGUAAGAGCUUAUUUCAUCUUACUGUGAUGUGAUGAAAAUAGGUGCUGCAGGGAGUGGGGGAUAAAGUUGUGGAGAAGUGAAGAGGUGGUGGGGAGUCAAGGUUCUGCUAAGAAUUGUUGUCACUGAAGUGAUGCCCACUGGCAUUUCUCCACGUUCCCCAACUCAUCAGGAGAGCUGAGGGCCUGAAAGAAGAUCCAUGAUGCUCCUCUGACCUCCCAUUUCUUUGCCAGCUGUUUUGACCUUCAAUUGCUCCAUCUGAACAUCUCCCACCUUCUCACAACUGGGAGCUCCAGGUCCUGAUGGGUUUCCUCGUCUCUCCUGCAAAUCCUGAUCAACUAUUCAUAGAGAUGCCUCUGGGUUUGCUGGCACUGCAUUUCUAUGUAUAUAUAUAUAUUAUUUUAUUUUCUUUUUUUUCAGAAUAGCUAUAGAAGCUUUAAUAUGAAAGUAAAACUAAACCUUAUGGUGAAGUGAGAAAACUCUGAUGGUAUAUGUAGUGUAUAGCACUAAAAAAAAAAUAUCAAACACCAAGUGUUGAAAGGGUCGAGGGUUUUUUGAUUUAUUGAUGGUUUUGGUGGGGUUUUAUGCUUUUCAUUUCAAGUUCCUUUUAAAACAAGUCUUAGGAGCCAAAAUUUCCCUGAGCCUUAAUGUAUGUAUUUCCUUAACACUCAGCUCUCUCUAAAGGGAUCCGGGUGCCUAUUUCUUAUUUAAACAGUAAUUUUCAUUUGGGCAUUAGAUUGUGGAGCUCCAGGCCUAGGUCACAUUAAUAACUUUCUAAGCUAUUUAAUGCUUUGCAAAACUCUCCUCAGAGUCAGCUUAAGCUGGUGAUGGAAGGACUGUCAGGGGGAUCCAUUCCCUUCCACGUGGGAUUUGGUUUUAUGGGCAUCAUCUUGCCUGUUUGUAACUUUGAUAAUAAGUUGUUGUUUUUUUCUUAAUCCUCUCUAGCUACCUGGAUGCUGAGGGGAUAAUAAGGCACUUUUAAUUUAAUUUAAUUAGAAUUAGCUGUUUUAGAUAACAAGUGAGUGAGUCUUAGAGUCUCUCAGUUAAAAGUAAGGCACAAGAGGCAAGUGCAGAUAUAGGUAGAGCCAGCUGCUCCCACAAGUUAAGAUCUACUAAUCCAGCAGUUUAUACAUUUGGAGCAUUUUUUUGGAGGGGGGAAAUAUUUUAUAUAUAUAUAUAUAUUCAUAUGCAUUGUUUUGUUCUGCACUGUAAAUCAGAGAUCCUAAUGUUCAGCUGUUACUACUAAAUUAUGCAUAUGUUUUAUACUGUGAUUUAUUUAUAUGUGUCAUUUACUGCAAACAUUGUGAGCUGACCUAAGAGGGCAAUUUUACUGCUCAGUAAUAGAAGAAAAAAAUGAUCUGAGCCUUUAUGCCAGAAUGACUGUGCUUUUACUGGGCCAGGGGUAAGCAGCCAGUAAGAAAGUGAAAGGAGAGAUAAGCAAGAGAAUUAAGAGUGAAGAAUCAGUCUCAUGAUACUGGUGCUACUGUUAGGCAGCAGAGUGAAUCAGGUUUAUAUCAGAUAAUAAUUGUAGGUAGAAGCUAAUAGACUAUUAUGGGAAAAACUGAAGAUAAAAACAUUUACCACUUGUAAAAUGUCAUCUUCCAGUGUCCUCAGUCACCCAUUCCAUGUCUUACAUUAGUCUUGCUAAGGGAACAGCAAUGUAAAAAAGGAGUUUGAAAGCCACCCACCCAUAAUUCCAGGAAGAAAUCCUACCUGGAGAGUGAGACAGGGAAAACCUUCUCAUUCGGGUUGAGGAUUACCUUACUUUGCAGUUAGGGCUGCUAAAAUGGUAUGAACUGUGUUCAGUUCUGUGCCCUCACUACAAGAAGGAGAUGGAGUUUAGAGAAGAGCAUCCAAGCUGGUGAAGGCUCUGGAGAACAAGUCCUGUGAGGAGAGGUUGAGGGAAUUGGGAAUG